GAUGAAAUGGCUCACAUCUCUUGGCCUUUCCUUUUCUCUGACUAUAUAUAUGUGCUGCCUCUCCCUCCUGAGUCCUCACAGUUGGUCAGCAGAGCACAGCUGCACAGGACAGGAAGAAGAGCUUGUCUGAAUCGACAGCCUCCGCAGCUGUCUGAUCCAGUGGAAGAGUGUUAGUGUGUUGGCAAGCAUGGCGGCGGACAGCGGGCUGAGGCGGCUGUUCGAGAAGCCGGUGCCGGAGAACCCGACGCUGCUGGAGGCGCUCUCGUCGUCGUGGAACCACCGCCGCCACUUCCCCAACAACAAGGACACGGCGUCCUUCACCGAGAUAUUCGGCGAGCUCCACUUCCAGGAGAAGCCUCAUCCGCCGCCGGUUCUACGCCUUCUUCCGCCUCCGCCUCCUCCUCCUCCGGCGCCGGCGGCAUCAUCUUCGUGGGCGCUGGACGGCGGCACCGAGAAGAGCAAGGACGACUCGUCGCUGGACGCGCUGCUGCGGCCGCGUCCGGCGCCGGUGAAGCGGAGCGCGAGCUUCUGCGUGAAGAAGACGAAGAGCGCGUCGGCGUCCGCCCUGCUGCUCUGCACCGAGGGGCUCGGCUCCGAGAGCACCGCCGUCGACGUCGUCCGGGACGAUGACCUCGACGAAAUCGCCAAAACCCCCAAGACUCAGGAGGAGGAAAUCGAGAUCGUUGCGGACAUGGCCGCCAAGGAGAAGGGGAAGGAGGAGCAGAGGACGUUCCCGCCGCCGAUACGGUCGAUCGCGAGCGGGGGCCGCGGCGGGAAGCCGAGCGUGUGCUUCCGGUCCUUCAGGGCGGAGGGGCGCUUCGUGCUCGUCGAGGUCGUCAUCCCCGGCAAGGAGCUCCUCCACGCGUCCCGCGAGGGCGGACGCCUCAGGCUGCAGUUCGCCGCCCCCGCCGCCGCCGCCGCAAAUGUGUAGAUCCAUCGACGAGAUCAUCUAACAAUUCGCCGGCAGUUAACCGAGAUCGAACAUAUUCGAUCGGGGGUCUAUGUAAUCUGAGAGUAUCAAUGAAUUAGAAACUUCUUUGCAUACGAUGAAUUUGGAA